GACUGACGUUUGAUGAUGAUGAGUGAUGACGAAUAUUUUAGUUUGAUAAUUUUAAUGUUUUUAUAAAAGUAAUUUAAAAUGAAAUAUAAAAAUAUUUAAAGAUUUAAUAUUAAAUUUUUUAAAUUGCAUUUAAUAAAUACUGUUGUGUUAAAUGUUUUAAAAAAUAUGAACAGUUCUAUGGAUACUACCGCUACUACUACUUCUACUACUGCUACAACUCUUAAGUCAAAAAGAUUUCCGACUAUGUUCAAAAAAAUAAUGCUUUCAAGAUUAAAGACCAUUUCAAAGGAUGCAACUUCGGCUGUAAAAUCGUCUGUCCAGAAAAAGACAUCGACCAAAAAAAAGUCAAAAACGGCAAUGCCAGCUGAACAGGAAGUUGUAGGUAUGUCAAGGCGACCAGACACAGCCACGUUGGGCAAACCACUGUUCGACAAGCAGCAAGCAGAGAACGGAGCGGAAGUACGGCCAUCAACUACAAAACGUCCGGUUUGUAAACAAUUUAACAGUAGAACAUACCGGGUGAAAACAAAGGAUCGAAAAAGCGUACUAAGUUUGCCAGAAGUAUCUAAACAGACAUCGAAAAAUCGUAAAAGUCAUUUACCGAUUAAAGUGAAACCAAUUGCUCCCACUCCACCAAUUCGGCAACGUAUCCAAAAGUUGCCUCCAUCAAACAAUCAAGAAAAUGUCAAAGAAAAUAUAAAUAGCAAUAAAAAAGAAGAAAAACCCGAAGAAUAUAUACCAGAAAAGUGGGUUCCGACAGCUAUUGGAUCAGCGAGAAAGAAAAGACUUGUUAUGUGCUAUCUGUGCGGUAAAGAAUUCGGUACUGCUUCGUUGCCAUUUCACGAACCUCAGUGUCUCAAGAAAUGGACACAAGAAAAUUCUCGAUUACCCGAACAUUUACAAAGAACCAUGCCAAAGAAACCGGAAAAUCAAACUAUUUCUGUUGAUGAUUGGAAUCAGUUAGCAUGGGAAGCUACUCAGUCAAAUUUGGUGCCAUGCGAUUUUUGCCAACGGAAGUUUCUACCAAACAGACUCGAAGCCCACGCAAGAGUUUGUAUUGAAUCCAAAAAAAAAACAGUGCCGGUGCCGAAAUUACCUGUUAAAGCAGCCGUAAUCAUGGACAGACCAAAAAAGAAACCGGCGCCGUGUUACGUGUGCGGUCGCCUGUUCGGGACCGCGUCCAUAGGGAUUCACGAACCACAAUGUCUGAUCAAAUGGACCCGAGAAAACGAUAGCUUAGCACCGCAUCUCCGACGACCUGUGCCCACUAAACCGGAGGUGAUCAUCGACGAAGUGACGGGCAAAGUGGACCAGCAGGCUACCAGAGAAGAACACUGGAAAUCGUACUUGUCACAGCUUGUGCCGUGCGACCGGUGCAAACGGACAUUCGACCCCGACCGGUUGGAGGUGCAUCAGAGAAGUUGUAAAGGAGUGACGAAUAAGUGAAAAUAAUAUUAUUAUUUAAGCUUAAAGCGUCGAUGCGAACAUAAAUGAUAUUCAUGACAUUUACGUCGUAGUCCUUGUCAAAAACCUGUUUUAUUUAAAAUAUUAAUAUUUAAUAGGUAACUACUUCAAUUUAAAAGUAAAAUAUAAUUAAUCCACCCAUUAUAAAAAUCAGAUAAUCGCCUCAAAGAUUGAUGAUAUAGGCGAUAUGGCAACUUUAUAGUGAUCAUUUUGUUUUUCAUACCAUAAAGAUCGCUUUUAAUUAUAUAUUUAUUAUAAUAUAGUAUAUCUAUUCACUCAAUGAUUUAUCCAUUAAUUGUAGUUAACCUUAUCUAUAGUUUAUAGAUACUUAACACAAACAAAUAAUGGAAGAAUUCAAAAAUUAUUAAAUUGUAUCUAUAAGACUAUAACAUCGAAAAAAUAAGCUGUUUAAAACUUUGUACGAGCUAAAUGUUACAUAAUGUGUAAUGUGCAUAGUAUUAGCUUUUUUUUUAGAUAAUUUGUGAUUUGAAUAUGUAAUAUGUAUGUACAGUUAAAUGGACAACUUAUAUUGAUACCCGAGUAUUUUACUAUAAAUAUUAGUAACUUUUAUUUUUUAAAUUUAAUAU